UCCUCGUAAUGGAAUCCAAGCUGAUGGAACUGGUAGGACACACGACAGUGGAGCGAUUUUAGCCGUUGAGACCCACUCACGCUUCUCCAACUACCUUUAUACCACCCACCACCAACAUGGGGUGUUAGCUCCAUCAUCAUUAACACUUUCAACACGAUUAAGGUCUCUCACUACUAAAAUUAUUUAUUUAUGUAAUUAUUGAUACGUGGACAUUCACAAUCACAAUUCACAAUCUCAACUACUAAAUAAAACUAUGCUUCAAUCACAAUUAAUUAAAUAAUUAAUCCCACAUCCCGUUCAGCGUUGGCGAUUCCGUUCCACGUAGUUGACAUCGAAAACCACGAGAUCCAAUAAAAUAUCAAUGUAAUUAUUUCACAGUGAAGACGCCACGACAACGAGUUGCUCACAGCAACACUCUGUCUCUGGGAAAAAGAAACGACACAAUCAAGCAAAGAAAAUCCAAAACUAAGAACAAAACCACUCUCCUUCAAACUCAAACUCUUACGCAAUACUGAUUCUACUCCCUUUCAUUCAAGCCAUAACAAAACCUAUUGAUUUAAGAAAGAAAAAAAGGGGAAAGUUACUAUAAAACCCCUUUUCCUCUCAACUUUACACCCAGCGCACGUUAGCACAACACACUUUGUUAUUUUCAUGGCGGGCACCGGCGUUGACGGAAACGGUUUUACAAACCUCCAUGGCGACCUCGACUUAACAAUCAUAGAAGCUCGCCGGUUACCUAACAUGGAUAUAGUCUCCGAGCAUUUCCGUCGCUGCAUUACCGGCUGUGACACUAUUAAAUUCAAAUCACCUUCCGAAAACGCCGACGGAAGUACCCACCGUACACACCGUUACCGGCGAAAGAUCAUAACGAGCGAUCCGUACGUCACUGUUACGGUUCCGCAAGCAACCGUGGCACGCACGCGCGUGCUAAAAAACUCGCCGAAUCCGAUAUGGAACGAACGAUUCAACAUUCCGUUAGCACAUCAGAUUGUCGAUUUGGAAUUCCGCGUCAAAGACGACGACGUUUUCGGCGCGGAAACGAUGGGGACUGUCAAGAUUCCGGCGCAGAGAAUCGCAUCUGGCGAAUUGAUUUCUGAUUGGUUUCCUCUUAUAGGUUCCUCCGGUAAGCCGCCGAAGCCGGACACCGCGCUUCGGUUACAAAUGAAGUUCACACCGGUGGGCGAGAAUUCUCUCUACCUCCGUGGUAUUGCGGCGGAUCCGGAACACAAAGGCGUGAGACACACGUAUUUUCCUGUGAGGAAGGGAAGCUCUGUGAGACUUUACCAAGAUGCACAUUGUACUCCGGGAUUGUUACCGGAGAUUAAGCUUGACGGUGGAAAGGUUUUUAGACAUGAAAAAUGUUGGGAAGAUAUAUGUUAUGCUAUAUCAGAGGCUCAUCAUAUGGUGUAUUUGGCGGGUUGGUCAAUUUACCAUAAGAUUAAGCUUGUUAGGGAACCUACUAGACCUUUGCCACGAGGUGGAGAUUUAACACUUGGUGAAUUGCUUAAGUACAAGUCUGAAGAAGGGGUUAGAGUUUUGAUGCUUGUUUGGGAUGAUAAAACUUCCCAUGACAAGAUCUUCUUAAAGACGGCUGGAGUAAUGCAGACUCAUGAUGAGGAAACUAGGAAGUUUUUCAAACAUUCUUCUGUCAUGUGUGUUUUAGCGCCUCGCUAUGCCAGCAGCAAGAUGAGCUUCUUGAAGCAACAUGUUGUUGGAACCGUCUUCACACACCACCAAAAAUGUGUUAUCAUGGACACACAGGCUGCUGGUAAUAACAGAAAGAUAUCUGCUUUUAUAGGAGGUCUUGAUUUGUGUGAUGGUCGCUAUGACACACCUGAGCAUCGACUUUUUCGUGAUCUCGAUACUGUAUUUUCUGGUGAUUUCCACAAUCCUACAUAUCCUGCUGGGACAAGGGCUCCCAGACAACCAUGGCAUGAUUUGCACUGCAGAAUAGAUGGACCUGCUGCAUAUGAUGUUCUUAUUAAUUUUGAACAACGAUGGAGAAAAUCAACUAAGUGGAGAGAGUUUGCAAUUCUUUUCAAAAAAGCUUCUCAGUGGAAUGAUGAUGCUUUAAUAAGAGUAGAACGCAUUUCAUGGAUAUUAAGUCCUUCUCUUCCUCCCACAAGGGAGGAUCAUACGAUUGUUCCAGGGGAUGAUCCCUUGGUAUGGGUUUCUAGUGAAGAUGAUCCUGAAAACUGGCAUGUUCAGAUCUUCCGCUCCAUCGACUCAGGAUCCCUAAAAGGAUUUCCAAAACGUGUUGAUACUGCUCUAUCCAUGAAUCUCAUCUGUGCUAAAAGUUUGGUUAUAGACAAAAGCAUUCAAACAGGGUACAUUCAAGCUAUCAGAUCUGCUCAACAUUUCAUUUAUAUUGAAAACCAAUACUUUAUCGGAUCUUCAUAUGCAUGGCCAUCUUACAAAGAUGCAGGGGCUGAUAAUCUCAUCCCAAUGGAAUUGGCGCUGAAAAUUACUAGUAAAAUCAGAGCUAAGGAGAGAUUUGCUAUUUAUAUUGUUUUACCAAUGUGGCCAGAAGGUGAUCCUAAAUCUGGAGCUGUGCAAGAAAUUCUCUUCUGGCAGGCCCAGACAAUGCAAAUGAUGUAUAGUGUUGUUGCUAAAGAAUUGAAAUCAUCGCAACUUAGUGACGUGAACCCACAAGAUUACCUCAAUUUCUAUUGCCUUGGUAAGCGGGAACACUUCAAUGAAGAAAGCUCAGGCUCAAAUGGUGCACCGAUCUCUGGAGCAUAUAAAUAUCGCAGAAAUAUGAUUUAUGUGCAUGCCAAGGGGAUGAUUGUGGAUGAUGAAUAUGUUAUAGUGGGAUCUGCUAACAUAAACCAAAGAUCUAUGGCUGGUACUAAAGAUACUGAGAUAGCUAUGGGUUCAUAUCAACCCCAUUAUACAUGGUCUGCGAAGAAAAGACAUCCACGUGGCCAGAUUUAUGGUUACAGAAUGUCACUUUGGGCAGAGCAUCUUGACAUGUUAGAUGAAACUUUUGAGGAACCAGAGAGAUUGGAGUGUGUGCGUAAAGUGAAUAAAAUUGCAGAGAAUAAUUGGAGAAUUUACGCAUCUGAAGAAUUGUCACUUCCUCAGGGACAUCUUCUUAAGUAUCCUGUACAAGUAGAUUCUGAUGGGAAUAUCAGCUCAAUACCUGAAUGUGAGAAUUUCCCAGAUGCUGGUGGUAAGAUAUUGGGGGCUCAUUCUACAACAAUUCCAGAUAUCUUAACAACAUAAACUCCUGAAUUCAUGUUCAUAGAAUUUUUGGUGAAAGUUGUGUUGUGUUGCUUGCCUCUUAGUGUUUAGUUUUCUUUACUUGGAAUUGAUUGUUCAAAUCACUUAUAAACCUUUCACAUAGGUAAAUGAUUCAUAUUGUAAAAAUAUCAUCAAUUUGUAGAUUGUUUCGGGUCAAUUGUCUAAGUCCUUUAUUUGUUCAUAGUUCUCUGCAACUUAAUACACUCUCCGCACCAAUAGCUGUAAAACUUAAGUAAGAAAGAUUCUUUAAACUCGUUCCUUUAUAGUAUCAACGGCGAUGAUCAUUGUAAGGAUGCAUGUUGCAAAAUAUUAAGCAAAUGAAUUUUCUAUUCUAGCAUAAACAGAAGAAUGUGAUGGUCAAACAACGGGCUGACAAAAUUCAGUUAUUACAAUUACCAUCCACACCACAUUCUUUGGAUUAUCCUCCUCUCACCGGUGACAAUCUACUAUACUCCUUUCAAGAAACAUUAGCUUGACUUGAGAAUUUUCGCCUGAUAUUGGUUUGAACUUGCACAAUCAAGUGUUCUUGUGCUCUUCUGCCGAAGAUGUGAAGGCAACUAUGUCAUCUGCUUCUUAAAGUGUCUAGAUGACCAAUUCUCCCUUGUUAGAUCACAAAUUAUGCAGAUGGUAUAUGUAAAAUGGGUAAAUUCUUCAUUUUACUAGGAUUUUACGAGCUAGCGGUUCUACAUUAAUUUGUCUUACAAUGUAAACUUGCACAUUUAAUAUUGUUGUGAGAUAUUACUAUUAUGCAUCAA